AUCACACAGGUGCUUUUCCGACGGGAUACAAUAACAACUUGUUAACAACAACUUGCACGGUCUCUAACAGAGUACGGAGAAGAGCAACGGUUCCAUUGUGGCUCAUCCUUAUUGUAGCUAGCAUCACACAGGUGCUUUUCCGACGGGAUACAAUAACAACUUGUUAACAACAACUUGCACGGUCUCUAACAGAGUACUGAGAAGAGCAGCGGUCGGUAGGCGAGAUCUGCCGCGUCACAGAAGAACCACACUAAAACCGGACAGAAAAAACCCCAACUCAAAAUCUGUCAGACCAUCGGAGAAGUGAACUCGAACGAACCUGAGAGGAAACGGAGCCUUUGUUUUCGGAAGCAGCAGGGGGAAAGAUGAUGAGUUUUCUGCCAUACUUCUCAGCUGAGACCUGGACCCUCCUGGCCCUCCUCAUCACCCUCAUUGUAGUGUAUGGGUACUGGCCCUAUGGUGUAUUCACUAAGAUGGGUAUCCCUGGUCCCAAACCCCUACCUUACUUUGGCACAAUGAUGGAGUACAGAAAGGGUUUCACUAACUUUGACACAGAGUGCUUUCAGAAGUACGGGAGAAUCUGGGGGAUCUAUGAUGGGAGGCAGCCUGUUCUGUGUAUCAUGGACAAAAGCAUGAUCAAGACCGUCCUGAUUAAAGAGUGUUACAACAUCUUCACCAACCGCAGGAACUUACGUCUCAACGGCGAGAUGUUUGAUUCGUUGUUCGUUGCCGAGGACGAUACAUGGAGACGGAUCCGCAGUGUCCUCUCACCUUCCUUUACCUCUGGACGACUGAAAGAGAUGUUUGGUAUCAUGAAGCAGCACUCUGCUAACCUGCUGAACGGAAUGAAGAAGCAGGCAGAUAAAGACCAGACCAUCGAUGUGAAGGAGUUCUUUGGGCCCUACAGUAUGGACGUGGUCACCAGCACAGCUUUCAGUGUGGACAUUGACUCUCUGAACAACCCUUCAGACCCCUUCGUCUCCAACGUCAAGAAGAUGCUCAAGUUUGACCUGUUCCACCCACUGUUGCUACUAAUCUUUUUGUUUCCCUUCACUGGUCCGAUCUUGGAGAAGAUGAAGUUUUCUUUCGUCCCAACUGCGGUGUUCAACUUCUUUUACGCCUCGCUGGCUAAGAUCAAAUCUGGACGUGACACCGGAUUUGACCUCAUUUCUUUCUGCUUCCAGAGUCGGGUGGAUUUCUUACAGCUGAUGAUCGACUCUCAGAAAGGCAGCGACACAAAGACAGGAGAGGAACAGACUAAAGGACUGACUGAUCAUGAGAUCUUGUCUCAGGCCAUGAUCUUCAUCUUCGCUGGCUACGAGACCAGCAGCAGUACUAUGAGUUUCCUGGCCUAUAACCUGGCAACCAACCCCCAUGUCAUGACCAAACUGCAGGAGGAGAUAGAUACUGUGUUCCCCAACAAGGCUCCAAUCCAGUACGAAGCUCUGAUGCAGAUGGACUAUUUGGACUGUGUGUUGAACGAGUCUCUGAGACUGUACCCCAUCGCCCCGCGACUGGAGAGGGUCGCCAAGAAGACGGUGGAGAUCAACGGCAUCGUCAUCCCCAAAGACUGCGUUGUCCUGGUUCCCACGUGGACCCUCCACCGUGACCCAGAGAUCUGGUCUGAUCCUGAGGAUUUCAAACCAGAGAGGUUCAGUAAGGAGAACAAGGAGUCUAUUGAUCCGUACACGUACAUGCCGUUUGGGGCGGGGCCCAGGAACUGUAUCGGGAUGCGCUUCGCCCUGAUCAUGAUCAAACUGGCCAUGGUCGAGAUCCUCCAGAGUUUCACUUUCUCCGUCUGCGACGAGACCGAGAUCCCUCUGGAGAUGGACAACCAGGGUCUGCUGAUGCCAAAACGACCAAUUGAACUGAGGCUGGAGGCCCGUAGAAACACCCCUAGCAACACCACCGCUACCACUCUGAAGAGUCCAACAACGUGACCAAAUGCAGGAGCACCCCACCCUACCCUACCUUGGAGUACCUCUCUCUCUCUCUUUUCCCCCCCACACAAAAGGGCUUUACUACAAACAGAAAUACUCCCCCGCUAAUUAACAUUUCUGGAAUCUUUUAUUUCAGCUCAUGAAACAUUUUUGUUCAACAGCCUCUCUAUCUAUCUAUCUAUCUGUCGAUCGGCUACUGAAUAUUCAGUCCUUAUCCUAACCCUGCUAUAGGCUACUGAAUAUUCAGGCUGGGAUUCAAUAGGCUACUUAAUAUAAUAUGAUAAUAAGAACUGCAUUCACGAUAAAUGUUGCAUAUGUCAGUUCAAUCAGAAAUGACCUUUAAAAUGGCACAUAGCUGACAAAGCGCUGGGAUUGAGUCCUGGUCUCAGUCUCAUGCUUGGUUUGAGUAGGACUCAGAAACCCAUUUCCACCAGGUAAAAGAGAGAUAGUAAUACUAUGGAUGCAUUAGAGGUACAUGUCUUGUUAAAGUUAGACACCAGGGGGUAUUAAAUCCAUGGCAUGAUGUCAUGUCUGGAUUCUGCACACUGGUGGCUGGUGGCUGGAAUUCUCCUAGAAUGUAGAACUCUGCCUGGUGUUCUCUAGAACUGUACUCUCAUUCUGUUCCUCUGGGUGUUCUGCUGUCCAGUCAUUCCAAAAUAGAAUCUUUACUGUCUGUUGAGAUGAUCCCUGCAGCUGCUUGGUUUUAACUUUAAUCAUCACAAACCAAUAAAAUCAUCACACUAAUGAACAA